UAAGCGCAGAAAGAGAAGAGAGAAAAACAAUUUUAGUACCUUCUUUUGUUCGCGAUCAUCGUAUCCUGCUGGUUUAUGGGUGCUCCCUUUUUUACUGUGAAGUGAUUCAUUACUGCAAACGUUUUCGAUAGAUUGUUGAAAGAAAAUGUCUACUUCCAAUGCUCUGAUAUCAGUCCGUGAGGAUGAUUUCGUCGAAUACUUCCUGUUUCCCUCUGCCCUCGACCAAAAGGAUGUGUCGCUGGAAAACUGUGAAUCACAGUUGGAAGCGCUUCGUUCAGAGGUCACUAAACUUGCGAAGGACUACUGCCAGCGGUAUAUUUGGCACCGGGAUGGGUUCAAGGUUGUAUUGCGGAACGGCGAUCUGCAGCAACGUUUGCUCAUCGAAGCUACCAAUCUAGCGGAAGAAAAUGUUCGACUGCCACCUCAUUUAUACGGAAUCACACAUUACGGGGACAAUGUCCAGGACGAAUGGUUUAUCGUAUCGUUGCUGUUCUAUCUAUCCCGCAGAAUACCGGGACUGGUGGUUCGGGUAGUAGAUUCGGAUGGUGAAUUUCUUCUGAUCGAAGCAGCUGAACAUUUGCCUCGAUGGGCCAAUCCGGACCAAUGCGAAGGCCGAGUUUUUAUAUGUGACGGUGAGCUCCAUCUUGUCGGGACCGAAAACCAGAAGGAAUCGUUUCCAAUGGAUCGCAUUUUUCGCGAAUUGAACGAGUCACGUUCGAAGUGGGUUGUUUCGAAAAACAUUCAAUUGUGUAUCGACGAACGGAUUCGGGAUUUUCCGGAUCACAUCGAAGACAAUCACCACCGGGCCACUCUGUACGUACCGGUGGGAGUGGCAGCAAUUUUGGACGAAAAUCCUCAGUUGAUAUCGGCAGCCGUUUUGGCAUUUUGCAACCGUGAUCCGAUUGAUCUGAAAGUUUGCCGAGCGAUGCGAUAUUUUCCACCGGAAAACUGCGUUUAUGUCAGUGCUGUAUUCACCAAAUGUCUGUAUGCAAUGUUGCUGCACGCAAACUAUUUGCCCGACAGAAGAACGGGAUGGAGUUUGCCGUUGGCCAGCGAUCCCAACUACAAGGCGCACAUAUUGGGACUGAAACUUGCUUGUGGAUUCGAAAUUUUGGCAUCCCAAGCAAAAACGUCGGCCUCACUGGAAACGGACAAAGGUUGGAAACAGUACCUUGAAUCACUUCAGGCUAAGGGCUACUUUCAGGAGAACAUCGAAGGAUCACAGGAACACACACGGCUUCUAGGAAUGGCAAAAGACUAUUAUCAGGAGCAUUGCGAUUCAAUGAAAUUCACCCCCAAGAUCGGUGAAGAAAUCGUUUCCAUAUUGAAACGCAAUGACUUCGACGUCGAAGAACUGCACAAGCAAGAACUCGAGCUUCCCGCUCCAGACGAUGAUAGUUGGAUAAACAUUUCCCCCGAGGAAUUGGACGAAAUGCUUACCAAACGGUACGGUACGCGAAAACUGUUCUCACUCAAUGGUAAUACGAACUCGGAAGAGUUCACCACCAUGGUCAACGAUUUCCUGGAGCAGAAGAGUGAAUUCGACGGUGUCGAUCAGGAUGCAGCGGUAGCUCAACUAGAUCUGGGACCGUACCAACCGGUCCGACCAAAACGCACCAAGAGUAAGACUAAGACUGACACACAAACGAUUGCUCCAUCACACCACCAACCGAUUGAUUUCGAUCCGGAUGCUUUUGGGGCUCAAGUGAAGCAUUUGUUAGAUUUGGUGAUUCCCGAAGAUCGCUGGGAUUCGUCGGACAAUUCCGACAUGAGCGAUUAUGCCGAAGAAGAGUAUGAUCGGAACAUCGAAGAAAUGUCACCGACGAGAAACGCAAAAAUGGUUAAGAACGAGAUACAAACCUACAUGGAACAGAUGGACCGGGAAUUGGCUCAAACUACCAUCGGAAGGAGUUUCGAAAUGAAGAUCGACACGGAAAAUAAAGAUACAAAGAGUGACGCCGAUGAUUUUGAUGACAUUGAAAGCUUCAAACCGGUAAACAUCGAUGUCAACACGUUGAAAAGUAUGAUGCAAAGCUACCAGGCUCAAAUCGGAGGACCGGGUCCGGCUGCUAACCUGCUCGGUUCGAUGGGGAUUCAAAUUACACAAGCGUCUAACGGUGAGUCGUCCUCCAAGGGUACGGCCUCCGGUAGCACCCAGCAGACCGACGUAUGAAGUGUGUCGGAAAGAUAGUGACGGUUUGUUUGCGCUGCCAUUUUUUUUACUUACAAAUAGCUUGAAGCUUCACACAAUCUCCAAAUGCAAUCGAUUUAGAAUAUGUAAUGGCAUAUCUCAGAAAUUAUUAGUAUUUAUAGUCCUUAAUCAUUCACCGGCCAGCUCGGUCUACCAUUUAAUAGUAUUGUCCUUUAUGCUAUCGUUAUGCAGCGAAACAGACAGUCCAACCAGAUGGAUCUGUACUGCAUAUAACAGAAGUAUAAUAGUUAGGUAGUGUUCUCCGUAAAGACUUACUUUCGAUUCAUGCACCAAGGGAUACCCGAUCGGUAUCCUGUGCACGUACUGUUGGAAUGCCAUAUUGACCACUCUUCAUAUUUUAAGAUAAAUUUAUUGUUAAUAUAAAAAUAUGCCAUGAGAUUUUAAGAGUUAGUUGCUAGAGAAAGGUAAAACAGGAUGCAUUUUAACUGUAGGCAAAAAUAAAAAAACUGCUUGAAA